AAAACACAUAUUUCCGAUGGUCUUAGGAACCGAGACACCGCUCCUCUAUCAGUCUCCAGGCGUGUCCGCCCACAUGCAGAUACGUCCACAUUUCCCUGGACCGCGAUGUGUGUGUGCGGGAUGACAUACCGCCCCUGUCAUCUGGCCACAUCCCCGGGAUCACUCAACAGCUCCGCCUCCUCACCAGUGAUUGGCCGCCGGAACUGUAGCUCAGGAGAGGCACACAGGCGGCCAAUCACCGGCGAGGAGGUGGAGCUUGGAGAGGAGGAUCCGAGCAGCAGCACGAACAUCAAAGAAGAUCGAGCGAGGGAGUAGCCGGAGAAGGAAGACAGCUGACAGCCAGGUAUGCUGGCUGUAGAUGGGAGAGGGAGGGAGCGAGCUCAGGCUGGAGCAGGAGUCAGCAAGGUAAGUAUCAUUGGUGUCAGUGGGAGGAAUAGUGCCCCAUCAUUGGUGUCACUAAUACCAAUGAUGGGGCACUAUUCCUCCCACUGACACCAAUGAUGGGGCACUAUUUCCUCCCCCCCCCCCCCCCCUGACACCAACGAUGGGGAACUAUUCCUCC